CGACGUGCACACCGCGUCCGUGACAUUUGCACAGUCUUUGCGCGCUUUUGACAACGGUUGCUAUACCCGACUGGAUGUAUCUAAGCUGCGCCGUGGAGCAUCCCACCUCCUCCUCCGGGGACGGCGCAUUUUACUGCAUUUACCGUUGACAGCGCCGGGGUCUCCACCUCGUCCGGCUGUCGCUCCACCAGUAUGCGUCCAUCAUACGUGCAAGACGGGAAAAUCGCCGCUGAAUAGUCCGAUGUCAACAAACAGUAAAAGGAGCACCUGACAUUUCCUGUGGCAGAUUUACCUGACUGGACCAUGGCACAGACCAACAGCAGCGGGCAGGGGACCAACGGGGUAGCGGACGAGUCCCCCAACAUGAUAGUGUAUCGAAAGAUGGAGGAGGUAAUAGCCCGCAUGCAGGAUGAAAAAAAUGGCAUCCCCAUCCGGACAGUGAAAAGUUUUCUAACAAAGAUCCCCAGUGUCUUUUCAGGUUCUGAUAUUGUACAGUGGAUGAUUAAGAAUCUGGACAUUGAAGAUCCAGUGGAGGCUCUUCACCUAGGAACUCUGAUGGCUGCACACGGUUACUUCUUCCCCAUCUCAGACCACGUUCUUACUCUCAAAGAUGAUGGCACUUUCUACAGGUUUCAGACUCCAUACUUUUGGCCAUCAAACUGCUGGGAACCUGAAAACACAGACUAUGCUGUUUACCUCUGCAAAAGAACAAUGCAAAAUAAAGCACGUCUGGAGCUUGCAGACUAUGAGGCGGAGAGCUUAGCAAGACUACAGAGAGCUUUCGCCAGGAAAUGGGAAUUCAUUUUUAUGCAAGCAGAAGCACAAGCGAAAGUGGACAAGAAAAGAGACAAAAUUGAGAGGAAAAUUCUCGACAGUCAAGAAAGAGCAUUCUGGGAUGUGCACAGACCAGUGCCUGGGUGUGUGAAUACAACAGAAGUCGACAUAAAGAAAUCCUCUCGAAUGAAAAACCCGCACAAAACCAGAAAGUCUGUGUAUGGACUGCAGAAUGAUAUCCGUACCCACAGCCCAACUCACACCCCGGCCCCAGAGGCCAAGCAGCCUACGGAAGAAGAACUACAGGAACAGAUUACCUUUUGGCAAUUGCAAUUAGACAGACAUCGACUGAAAAUGUCCAAAGUGGCAGAGAGUUUGCUGGGCUACACAGAGCAGUAUGUUGAAUACGACCCCUUCCUUACGCCUCCAGAUCCAUCCAACCCCUGGAUCUCAGAUGACACCCCGCUCUGGGAGCUGGAAGCCAGUAAAGAGCCAGGCCAGCAGCGAGUAAAGAGGUGGGCCUUUGGCAUAGACGAGGUUCUGAAAGAUCCUGUGGGUAGAGAGCAGUUCCUCAAGUUCUUAGAGUCUGAGUUCAGCUCAGAGAAUCUCAGGUUUUGGCUCGCCGUCCAGGAACUUAAGAAGCGCCCCAUCAGAGAAGUUCCGACUCGAGUUCAAGAGAUCUGGCAGGAGUUUCUGGCCCCUGGAGCACCCAGUGCCAUCAAUGUGGACUCUAAGAGCUACGACAAAACCACCCAGAAUGUCAAAGACCCUGGACGCUAUGCCUUCGAGGACGCACAGGAACACAUCUACAAGCUGAUGAAGAGUGAUUCUUACAGCCGUUUCAUUCGUUCCAGUGCCUAUCAGGAGUUAUUACAGGCCAAGAAAAAGAAAAGUAAGAACUUGUUCUGAAGGCUCUUGCUUCCAGCACAGGGGAAACCACUAGCAUCCGAGAGGCUGACCAGUUGUGUGCCAUCAUGCUAAAAUAAACGCCAUCUCUCUCUCUCUGGGACAUGAAGGGGGACGUCUCAUCUCUUCGUCAUCAUUCUCUAACCAUUCUCUCUCGGCUCAGUCGGGCAACGGGCCGGGCCAUCUGUUCGUCUGUUGUCCACUGAAUGUUGCAUGUCCAUGGAGAGGUCUCUCUCCACUCUUACAGUACCUGAUAUAUUUCCAGUAUUCUCAGAAAGGACACGCUGCUGGACUUGUUGGGACGGACUGGCAAAACAAAAAAAUAUGUCCAGUGUUGCAGUUCUUUCCAUGUUAACCACUGGACCGGAGCCCCUUCCUCUCCCCCCUCACUUCCAGAUGAAACAAAUGAUGUCAGAGAAAAAAACAAAUAGAAAAAUGUGAAAUGACAGCUUAAACUAAAAUCUAACCAGUGUCAUUGCUUUACAUGAUCUGAGGUCACACUAUGGGAAGUGUUGUGCAGAAUGAAUAUACAAUAUAUAUACAUAUAUAUUAUUAUUAUCAUUAUUUAUUGUGCAUUUAUUUUGCUUUGCAUUAUUUUAUUGCACUACAAUAUUAGCACAUAUGGGUUUCAUUGCACUUGUAAAGCCACAUUCAAAAUGACAAAAAUGCCGUCUCCUGUCCUAUGUAGAACAUAAUUCUUUGUUAUUCCCUCCUGCAUUUAUUUUUAUACCAUAUUUAAAGACACUUUUACUUACUUGUAUUAUUAAAGUUGGCCCUCUAUCUGUUA